AUGUGUUACAACUAUUAUGGAAACUCUUACUGGGGCUGUGGAUAUGGCUCUGGCUGUGGCUGUGGAUAUGGCUCUGGCUAUGGCUGUGGAUAUGGCUCUGGUUGUGGCUAUGGAUAUGGCUCUGGCUGUGGAUAUGGUUCUAGAUAUGGCUGUGGCUAUGGCUGUGGAUAUGGUUGUGGAUAUGGCUCUGGCUGUGGCUGUGGCUAUGGCUGUGGAUAUGGUUGUGGAUAUGGCUGUGGCUGUGGCUGUGGCUGUGGCUAUGGUUGCAGAUACGGCUGUGGCUAUGGAAGUGGCUGUGGCUGUGGAUAUGGAUGUGGCUAUGGCUCCCGCUAUGGCUGCGGCUAUGGCUCUGGCUGUGGCUCUGGCUGUGGCUCUGGCUGUGGCUCUGGAUGUGGCUAUGGCUGUGGCUAUGGCUCUGGCUGUGGAUAUGGCUCCAAAGGCGGAUAUGGCUGUGGGUUUAGCUCCCGCUAUGGCUGCGGAUAUGGCUGUGGCUCUGGCUCUGGCUGUGGCUCUGGCUGUGGCUCUGGAUGUGGCUCUGGAUGUGGCUAUGGCUGUGGCUAUGGCUCUGGCCAUGGAUAUGGCUCCAAAGGCGGAUAUGGCUGUGGGUUCAGCUCCCUCUAUGGCUGCGGCUAUGGCUGUGGCUACUAA